AUGGUUUCUUCUCACGGCCCAUCAGGAAUGCUUGGUGAAGAUGGCAUUCACGUUGACAUGAACCACCUGAAGUCCGGCGAGGUCAACUUGGGUACCUCGAUCAUGGCAAUCAACUUCAAAGACGGUGUCAUCCUUGGCGCCGAUAGCCGCACAACCACCGGUGCUUACAUCGCCAACCGAGUCACCGACAAAUUGACACAGGUGCAUGACACCAUCUGGUGCUGCCGAUCAGGCUCAGCUGCCGACACUCAGGCCGUGGCCGACAUUGUCUCCUACCACCUCAACAUGUACGGCGUAACGAACGCUGAGGCCCCCACCACUCAGGUGGCCGCCUCGCUCUUCCAGGAAUUGUGUUAUGAGAACAAGGACGCUCUGAGUGCCGGUAUUAUUCUCGCCGGUUGGGACCCACGACACGGUGGUCAGGUUUACUCGAUACCUUUGGGAGGAUCCCUUCACAAGCAGUCAUUCGCCAUCGGUGGUUCUGGGUCGACCUACAUCUACGGUUAUACCGAUGCCCACUGGCGGGAGCAGAUGACGGAGCAAGAGGGUAUCGACUUUGUGCGGAGCGCUCUGCAAGAGGCAAUCAAAUGGGACGGUAGCUCCGGUGGUGUCAUUCGUCUUGUGGUGCUCACCAAACAGGGCGCCGUGAGACAUCUCUAUCUGCCCGACAACGGUUACACUGGGCCGGGUGUGACGAAUUAA